ACGUCUGCGAGGUGCAUGUGAGUUGGCGCCACAUGCUUGAAACCGCCGCUGCCUUUCUUGUGAUGCCGGACGCACCUACCGCCCGACCGCUCUCGGGCAAGAUGCGCUCGAUCCUCGGCACGCGCGGCUGCCUUCUCUUGGCAUCGAUCGAGCCGGUCGAGCGACAUCGGGCGGAAGGCCGUGUCAAGGCACUUGGCCGUGGUGUGAGCGACAGCCAACUUGAAGAAGCAAAGCUGCUUAUUGAAGAGGAGCGCCGAAGCAGCACCACCGACAAGCUCUUGCUCUUCGUGCUUGAUGCCAAGGCGGUGUUCCGCAACGGCGGCUUUGGUCUCUCGUGCGGUGACGCGAUGCUCAAGCGGAUCGCAGCGCUCGCCGACGCACCAGAUAAACGGACGCUGGACCUCUCCAACAUUGGUCUCUGCGACGCCUUGGUGACCUCGCUUCUCGCGUACUUGGUGACGCCGUCCUGUCCCGUCGUUGCUCUCAAUAUCGCCAAUGCCAAGCUCGUGCCAGCGCAGAUUGUGCGGCUCGCCAAAGCGUGCUCGUCGCGUCUUGAGUCGUUCCAGGCCUCGCACCUCGUCCUUCCCACGUCCCGAUUGAAGGCGAAGCGCGUGGAUUGGCGCAGCACAGGCUGCGACCACAUGGACCUCGCUGCGAUUGGCGCGCUUCUGGAGGCGCGCUGCAAAGCUUCCGUUCAAGUGCUCGACCUCUCGGAGAACCCGCUCACGGGCGUCAAAGGUGUUCUCUUUGGCGGCAUCGAAUCACUUUCGUCGGCGCUCAUGGCCCUCAAGAAGCUCCAGCAUCUCUACAUGGACGACACGCGCCUUCGGAGCGACGGCCUCGUGCUGCUCGCAUCCGGGCUGCUCGCGACCACGUCUCAGGUGACGCUGCUCUCGCUGAGCAAGAACGACGUGACGCACAACGUCGCCAACCACGUGUGCCACGACGGCGUCGACGCGCUCUGCGAAGUGCUUCGCGGCUCGCACACACUGCAGACGCUCGUCCUGGCGGCCAACGACCUCGACUACGACAGCGCCAUGAAGCUCAGUGCGAUUCUGCGCGUGAACGACAGCAUCACGCGCAUCGAUCUGAGUGGCAACAACAUUGGAUCCUCGGGGCUCUCGCAUCUCGCGCGCGCCUUGCACUUCAACCCCCCUCUGCGCGACCUGUGUCUGCGUCAAGCAGGACUGAACUGCAACGCGUGCGCCUGCCUCGCGGACGCUUUGCUUCGCAACUCGACGCUGACGACGCUCACCUUGUCGGAGAACCCAAGCAUCAAGGAGGUGGGCUGGCGCCGCCUCGUCGAAGCGUUGGAGCAAAAUGCAGUGCUUUCCUCGCUUGUCCUGGAGCCGCCUGAGCACAGCCGGUACGCGAGCCACGUCGAACGUCUGCAGGCGCUUGUCAAUGCGAAUCGCGCGCUCCGCAACGUCCAGCAGGCGCUCGCCACGUUUGACUUUAGCGCGCUCUCGGCGUUUGCCCAAGUCAACUUUGUCACAAAGUUGCGUGCGUUUAGCGAGGCCGAGCUCUGCACACUCCUCUCGAAUCAAUCGUUCCAGCAGCUGCGCAUGACGUCCGCGCAGGUCUCGGCGCUGCAGUAUUUCUCGUCGCUCGAAAUGUACGACCCGCUACGGCGGUUGGUGUGGGCCUACGACGCUGUCACGCGCCGCACCGCAAGAGCUACCGACGAUACUGCGAACGACGACCGUCGCGUCUGGCGCGACGUCGACCUCGUGACGCUCCCGCCACUCGGGGUAGCCCGCCAUGUCUCAUAACACCCAACACAGUUCUGUGCGUGGUGCAUCUCGU